ACCUUUCUUCUACUACUAUAUAUAGCCUAAUACCCUUGAUCUCCUCCAAUCUACUUGGACGCAACCAUCGCCAACAACGGAAAACGAACGAUGCCUCCUUUGACCUCGUGGCUGGUGCUCGCUAUUCUCGCGCUGACAGCGCUGGCGAUGCCUCCAGCACGCGCCGCGCCGGUUGCGUCGCUCGACAAUCAGCGAGAGUUUGACUAUUUCAUCUUGGCCUUGCAAUGGCCCGGCACUUACUGCCAGCGCACGCGCAGUUGCUGUCCCACCAACGGUUGCUGCAGAGGCUCCAAUUCUCCAAAAAUAUUCACCAUACAUGGACUCUGGCCUGACUACAAUGAUGGAUCCUGGCCAUCCUGUUGUUCUAGAGCCAGUUUCAAUCCGAAAGAGAUAUCGACUUUGACUAAUGCUUUAGAGCAAUAUUGGCCAUCAUUGAGCUGUGGCAAGCCAUCAUUAUGCCAUGGUGGGAAAGGAAUAUUUUGGGCUCAUGAGUGGGAGACACAUGGCACGUGCUCUUAUCCUGUAUUUCGAAAUGAAUAUGAUUAUUUUCUGGGAGUUCUGAAUGUCUAUUUCAAAUACAAUGUUACUAGUGUUCUAAAUGAUGCUGGAUAUGUUCCCUCUAAUACAGAAAGGUAUCCCCUAGGAGGCAUUAUCUCUGCCAUUGAGAAUGCUUUUCAUGCAUCUCCUUUAAUAAUUUGCUCAAAAGAUUAUAUUGAGGAACUUCGUCUAUGCUUUUACAAGGACUUCCAGCCCCGAGAUUGUGCUGUUAGUUCUGAUGUUAAAAUUGACAUGGUUACUUCAAAAGGAUGUCCCAAGUAUGUUGGCUUGCCUGAGUCGGUUUCAGUAGGGCGCGACGGACUUCAAAGUCAGGCCUCUGAUGAUGCAGCUAUAUAAGGUUAUGGUACUGUAAUUCUAUCUGUAAAUUUCUGUAUCUUGCGCAAGAACAAAGGCACACGAAUAAAAUUAUUUAGUUGUACCAUUUAUCAAUUUGGAGACAAGUGAAUUGAAUGAAGACCUGGACAUGUGGAUUGGGAUCUAGACGUGCUAAAGUCUGGCCGAGAAAAAUGAAGCGAUGCUUGAAAGUAUUAUUUGGGAAUUGGGAGCUGUCCCGAGCCUAUUGCCAUGUAUUUGGAGUAUGGGUUUUUAUCAUUUUCUUUAUUAUUGGAAGAGUGUACAACCGUAUAAUGGAAUAUGUUGUUGUAUCAUAUAUGGAACUAUGAAUAUGUUACUUUUCCUAUAAUUUACCCUACA